GAGUGGCAGAAACCUCAUCAUGGUCGUAGUCGUAGCAGUAGUGGUAGUGUGGGUGGUGGUGGUAGCGGUGGUGGCUGUUGUUUUAGGGGUGGUGUUGGUGGUAGUUGUGGUGUUGAUGGUUUUAGUGGUGGUGGAAGUGGUAAUGGUAGUGGUGGAGGUGGUGGUGACGUGAAAGUGGUGAUGGUGGUGGUGGCUGUUCAGUUUAGUGGUGGUGGUGGUGGUAGUUGUGGUGUUGAUGGUUGUAGUGGUGGUGGAGGUGGUAAUGGUAGUGGUGGAGAUGGUGGUGACGUGAAAGUGGUGGUGGUGGUAGCGGUGGUGGCUGUUGUUGUGGUGGUAGUGGUGUUGUUGGAAUUGGUAAUAAUAGUGGCAGGGUUCGAGCUAGGUUAGGGUUAGAUGGUAGAUAGUAGUGGUAGUGGCGGUAGUAGUUGUGGUAGAAGUAGUAGGGCGGCGGUGAUGGUGCUAAUAGUAUUAGUUAUAGUGUCAGUUAUAAGACAUUGCCAAGCACUCACAAAAUGACAUUGUCUUCAGUGUGAAUAAAGAACAAAUAGAAAAUGCCUAAAAUUAGAUAUGAAAGAAAUAUUAAAAACUUUGCCGCAGGGAAAAAUCAAAACAAAGGGUGUUUCCCUUCUUAUAUUUAGCUAAGGGAUAUUGCUAGACAAAGUGCUAGAUCCUGUUUAUGA